AUGGAAGCUUUCAAGAUCUGGUCUGUUCUAGCUGUACUUUGCAGUUUUUGCCGUGAAGGUACACCAUGCGGCUUGUCAACACAUAUUGAAAUAGGUAAGAUUUGAUAAUAAAGGCAUGAGUGUUGUGAAGCAUCAUAACAGAUAAUUUCUGUAAUCUGACCAUUAUAGUUACCAGGUAAGUGUUAUUUAAGGGGGGGGAUAUGCAGCAAUUGUUGAAUAAAAUACUGCAAUUACCAUGUUAUUUUAAACUGCUAGCAAGGCUAGGGCUGCAUGUAUCUAGAGAAGGUGAAAUGAUACCAGCAUAAUGCAAGCUUGGCAUAGUUUAUUAACAGAAAACAGCAUAUAUGUGUGCUAUCUUCAAUCAUAUUAAAAAAUCUGAGUAUCUUAGCCUUCAGGACUAAUUUUUAUAUGCAGAAAUUAGAUGCUAAAUGUUUUCUGAGCUUUCAAGCCUUUAAAAAAAAUAUGCUUACCUUAUAAUUUAUCUGCCCGAUAUUUGAGAAAUCAAGGGGAGAGGGUAGCUUAAGAAUUAGAAAUAUAUUUCAUUGUGGAAUUUGUGUCUUAAAUGCGGAGGCUUCAGUUGCAAUUCAUUUUGUAAUGAAUUUUCAGCUACAAAGUUUAUGGCUAGGAGGCAAUUCAGGCAUUUAACUUCUUUUAUUCAUGCUUUUGUUCUAGUCUUUUGCACAAGGCAUCUUAAAACAAUACAUUGUUAAUACAACAAGUGAAAUUUGGAUUAAGCAAUAUGGUCAAAUUGAAAGACUGCUGGAAUGGGUAGGAUAACCAUGAUAAAAAUAAACACACUACCAGGAUCAUGUUUAUUUACAAAUUUGCCAUUACCUGUUUCUUCAUAAAUUUUGUCAUGGCAAAAUAAUAGAUUGUGUGUGGGUAAGUAAGUUAAGGAUAUCUCCUGAUAUUCUUUGAGAACCAGUAGGUGAAGGCAGUGGCGUAGCGUGGGGGGUGCAGGGGGGGCCGGCCGCACCGGGCGCAACAUCUGGGGGGCGCGCUCGCACUCGCAGCUCUCUGCCACCUGCUAAAAUCCACGGGUUAGGGGGCGCAAAUUACUUGCCUUGCCCCGGGUGCUGACAACCCACGUUACGCCACUGGGUGAAGGUUGUUUGACAUUUCCUGAUAUUAAGGAUGCAGCAAAAUCUGGACACUGUAGGGAAUUGCAUAUUUCCCAGAGGAGGGUAAGUGAUCUCCAGUUAAGUACUUCAGACCCCCUGUUUUUCAAUUGUUUUUCAAUCAGGAAGCUAAUGUGAUGUUAUUUUUCUAGCUCACAGAGCUCUGGAAUUUUUCAGCAGCCCAGAAGGAAAUGUUAACUAUCGCAAGGUAGGAAGCUUAUGAGUCUAACAUUAAAAAGCAUUUUAAUAAAUAUUUCCUCUUUCUGGUACCUUCUCCACCUACCCCAGCACUGAGCCUCCUUCCAUGCCUUUUCUUUUUGUAACUUUUACAAAAAUUGUCCAGACCAUAGGCUAGGGGUUAGCCACCCCAUUGUAAAAGAAUUGACAUUUGUUCAUCCUUACCAAACUAUGUAAAACCUUGUUAUAUUUACCUUUAAUAUUUUUAUGAGUAUUUAAGAGACAGUAUUUGAGUGAUUUUAACAUUACCUAGAUGUGAGUAUUAAGUACUAUAUUGUUUUAGUACUUGAAAUAUUGGUAAUAUGCAACUAGUAAUAUUCUCUCUUCCCCCUCCCCUUUUCUCUCUUACUUUUAUUUCUGUUUCUUCACCAUUCUCUUGUCCAGUUGAUACUAACCCACCAAGAUGCCUAUCAGGCUGGAAGCCUGUAUCCUGAUGCCUUUUAUUCUGGUAUCUGCAGGAAUGGUAAUAAAUGGUUGGAGAAAUUAGGUUUUUUCCCCUUGCCCCCCAAAACCAUACUACUGACAAGUAGCCUGAUUAAUUUACUAGUUGGCUGGCUAGGGGUCCAUAUACAGUGGCCUCCUGCUGCUGCCGUGCCGCUGGAGCAUGAUUUCUGUUCUCAUCCUGAAGCAAAGUUCUUAACCUGAAGCACUAUUUCUGGGUUAGCUGAGUCUGUAACCUGAAGCGUAUGUAACCCGAGGUACCACUGUAUAUAAAUUGUAACUAUGCCAGUGGAGAGUCCGAAGAGAAGAAACCACUGUUCAAACAACAAAUGCCAAGGAACACUGCAGGAGGAAUUAGGAGAAUAAUUAUAGUUGCAGGCCAACAACUUCUGGGGACCCAAGGUUAAAGAAGCCUACUUUAAAAGGUGCAGGCAGAGGAGAUCAGUCAAGGCAUUUGAUCAUUUAAACCGGCAAUCUCUUUUUACAAUUCCACGUUCCUUUGGUAUGAGUGCAUCUUGGGUUGAUACGUUUUAUAAUUUAUACUAUGUGUUACUGGCCCAACUUUUUGUGAAUGGGGAAAAUAUUUUGGAGAAGAAUUAGAGGAACAACUCUGGCAACCAAUUUGGAAUAAACUACUAUUUGGAUGCAUCUCAAUUAGAACCCCAAGAAAAUUCUUUAAAUGUAGCACAUCGCUGGUAUAUGUACCCAGCCCGACUGUAUAGAAUUAAGCACAACACACUCAACCUUUGCUAGUGGAAAUGCAAUGAAGUACUGGCUCUCCAAUCCACAUGGGGUGGUUUUACUGAAAAAUUAUUCCUUUUUGGGAAAAAGUUUUUUCAAACAAUCAAAUGAUGGGACAAUUGCUGCAACCAGAAAACCAGACCCCAAAUUAGCCCUACUGCCAUGUUUUAUUCCUCGGAUUAAGAUCAUAACCAAUAAAGACCUCUUCCUUCAUUUAUUAACUGCAGCUAGAUUAGUGAUUGUGGAAAAUGGGAAAACUUUAAUUGCAAAUCUUUUUGAAGCCCGGAUUUCGCAAGUAUGGGACAUUAUGCUUUUGGACAAAUUAACCGCUUCACAAAAGGAAUAUCAGUUGAGGGAGUUCACACCUUCUAAAUGACAUGGUAUGCUUUUAUUGACUUUGUUAAGACAAUUGAAAUUGGUUUUCACCCUCCAUCGACUCAUGGAACCUUACGGAGAGACAUGUUCAUUUGAUUGGCUUUCUUGGAGCGUCUAAAACUGCAACCCUCCAAUGCUAUUUUUCUUUCUUUUCUGUACAGCUACUAAUCUCUGUUUUACUUGUAUGGGUAUGUUUUGUUACUUGAAAUUAAAAAUCAAUUAAAAAAUUAUCAUGAAAUAAUGUUGUUCUUGUCUGGUGUUUCAGGGCUGUUCCGUCAAGUAUCUGAAGACACUCACUGGGCACCUUUUCUCAGUACCAGUGUCCAUUACAUCAGAAAGAACUAUCCUCAGCCCUGGGGAGAGGUAAUAAAUCCCCCAUAAAUUGCGCAGGCCGAAGGCCCUGGUAUCAUUCUUUUCAUAAAUCUUAUUGUUCUUUCCCUUUCUCAUUUGUACCAAAAGCAUUUGAAAGAGAAAAUGCCAAAUUAAAUUUGACGUUUCAUAAUGACUAGCUGUAAAAAUGGCAGCGUGCAUGCCCACUGAAGAUGCUAUAUAAAUAAAUAACAUACCACAUAGAUUUCUCCCUUGUGUUGGUGAAAGCAUAGGCAAGGUUUCAUCAGCAAACAUGUCAACUAAAUGUCUCCAAAUACCUUUUGAGAGUUUGGUUUCAAUGCACUUAAUGCAGAAUUGCUUGUUUUUGUUUCUGUUGUUUAGGCCACAGAGAAACUGGUGGCUUUCCUCUUUGGCAUCGCUUCUCAUAUGGUGGCAGAUGUGAGCUGGCAUAGCUUGGGGAUUGAACAAGGAUUUUUACAUGCCAUGGCAGCUGUAAGUGGUGCCUUAUUUUAUUAUUAGGCUCGGGUCAUUUUUUCCUUGUGACUGAAGCAUGCAACAAGCAUAUUUUAUCAUUUGGUUUUGUUGUUCCCCUUAAGUGACAAUCGCAUAAUAUCUGGGGUGGGAGGGAGAAGGAUGGAAGGAAAGAUCCUUACUGCUGUUCAUCUUUAAAAAAAUUAAUUGGUUGGAUGUUCUCUGUAGUACAAGAGAACAGGGAGAGCACAAACUCUUAAGAUUCUGAUGAGUAAGGAUGGUUGUUGAGUAGUAGCCAUUAUGGUUUGGUAGACAUGAAAGAAACACCUUGGCAGUUUUGGAGGUAGCCAGAGAAGGAGACAAAAGUCUUGAGUUUUUGCAACUGAUUGGCUAGGAAAUCCUGCUGGAGGAAUCCUGUAUGUGGAACUUUAUGCAAAGGCGAGGGUGAAAAAGAAGCUUCAGGGGUCUGGGUCAUCUCCUAUGUUGCUUUGUAUCAAAGAGGAGAAAUGAGAAAUUUUGAUUCUGUUCAUGUUCCUGUUUCUUUGAUGUAAAUAACUUGUUUCUAUUUUUCCUAGAUUGAUUUUUAUGGCUCAUAUUCAGAUGCUCACGCUGCUGGUGAUUUUGGUAAUUUAUUUCCUUAUGGAUCCUGGAAUGUUCUCCCUAAAUUUCCAUUAAAUUCCUGAAGGUUCUUACAGAAAAAACUGAUAUCACUAAGGUUUCAACGACUUUAUCCCUGAAAUAAGUGAUUUGUUUAACCAUGGCACUUGUUUCUUUCUGCAUAGCUUGUUCAGUUUCACAUGGGGCAUUUCAGCUGGCUGAGAUGCUUGACUUAAGGCCCUUAAGCAGACACUGAGAAACUUGCUCAGGUUCUGAGCAUAAGGGAGAGGACAAAUCCAAAAGUAUGUGGCAGACAGGAAGAAAUGCCCUUAAUGGAACUGAGCAAGCUAGAAAGAAACUAGUUGGGCCUGUGGAGGUGUUCCAGAUUUUGUUCAAAUUUAAAAGGCGGGCAAAAUUCUUUGUAUGGUUUUUGCUUCAGUAAGUUGAUGUCUUGCUCUCUUUUCGCCCUCUAAUUUUAGGAGGAGACGUGCUGAGCCAGUUUGAGCUUGAUUUUAGUUAUUUGGAAUCAAGUUGGUAAGUGUGCUAUUUUCAAAACAGAGAGGGUGAGAGUGAGAGAGAGUGUGCAGGGAGCAGAGGGUUCAGAAGCAGAGACAGUGGCGAAAGAUCCAUGGUUUAACCACUACCACCAAUGUGGUGUUGAGGAACCAAUGUUACAACAUUAUAACCAAUGUUAAACAUUAUAAGCACUGCAACCAAUGUUAUAACAUUAUCCUUGCAUCAGGGAGCAGGUGGCACUGUGGUCUAAACCACUGAGCAAGCCUCUUGGGCUUACCAACUGGAAGGUCGGCAAUUCGAAUCCAUGUGAGGGGGUGAGCUCCUCCCAUUGCUGUGUCCCAGCUUCUGCCAAGCUAGCAGUUCGAAAGCACACCAGUGCAAGUAGAUAAAUAGGUAUUGCUGUGGUGGGAAGGUAAACGGCGUUUCCGUGCGCUCUGGCUUCCGUCAUGGUGUCCCAGGGCGCCAGAACAGUUUAGUCAUGCUGGCCACAUGACCUGGAAAGCUGUCUGUGGACCAAUGCUGCUCCCUCAACCUGAAAGCGAGAUGAGCGCCACACCCCAUAGUCGUCUUUUACUGGACUUAACUGUCCAGAGGUCCUUUACCUUUACUUGCAUCAGGGACUCUGGGGUUGAAAUUAUCUUGUCUAGUUUGUUCACACCUGUUGUUGCCUGUGGCUUCACCCGCUGGGGAGGGGGGCGCUGCGGAUGGGUCCACAAUUUUAGUUGAGGACUUGAUUUAUGCCAAUGAACUUUGUUGGUUUAAAUAAGAAACUCCGCUGUUCAAUAUAUUUAGGUAUGUGCCAGUCAAAGAUUUACUGUCAAUCUACCAGGAACUUUAUGGGCUGAAAGUAAUAACUGAAGACACGAUUGUUGACUGCACGUAUCUGCAGUUUCUUGAAGUGUAAGUCAAGCUAAAUGUUUCCAUUUUUAUUCCUACAGCAGUGCAGGUUUUUAUUUUAUAUUUAAUUUUAUUAUAUGUUUGAUCCCUUUUUUUAAUGAAGAACAUACUAAAAAUCCUCUCAGUAUAGUAAUUGAAUGAGAAAAUAAAUAAUUUUGGGAAAGCAAAACUCAGUGUGGAGGACACUGGGCCGAAACAGAGGAAGUUUGUUGUUGAUGGGUUAGACAUGCAAAUAAGGAUAGAGCAAGUGCCGUUAAAUGAUGAGAAUUGGAGAAGAAAAGGUGCGAAAGAAGAAAGUUUAAAGUUGUGAUGCGUGUUUUAUUUUUUGUGGAAGGGAUCUCCCAUAAGUGGAUGGGCCAGAGUAGAUAGAAGGACAAUUGGUUGGUUUUUAAAAAAUUUUUGCUUUGGUGCUAAAGGAAAGAUUGGAAGGGACUGACAUAUUGAAAUGGGAAACAGAUAAAUAUUAAGGAGGAGAUGUCUCAAUAUAUACAUUUUAAAGGAAAUCAUGGUGUGGAGUUGAAGGAGAUGCCGGAGGGAUGUGGACAUAUUUUAACAUUUGCUGAUGGGCCAGCAAUUGUUGCCCUUAUUCUAAACAUUUCUUUGCACUGCAGACUCAUAUCAGGCUGUGUGUUUAAUAAAUAUAGUUUGGGUCAGAUCAUUAUUUCAGCUGAAUAACAAAACUGGAAUAACCAAUUUGUUAAUGAUUUUACUGAAAUAAAUGCGUUUAGCUGACAAAUGCCCUUGUUAUCUUUCUACAUAGUGAAUACUGCUUCCACAUUGUAGUGGCCCACAAAGUCUGUGUUUGGCGUAAUCAUAAACUAUUAUUUAGCAUUAUGGGAAUGAGCUGCAGGGAACCUUUCCUUCCUCAGUGUGCCCAUGAAGAGAAAAAUCAGAAGUUUCCAUUUUCAAGUUUGAUUAACUCAAGUGUUUUGUUAUGUCAGAACUCAUGCAAACAGGUUAAUCUUAAAAAUGGUUUGCUGAAACAAGCCAGCUUCGAACGUUAGGUAGUUAAACUUAACCACAGUUUAGGGGUUGGACGUAAUGCUAAACUAAAGUUAAUAAAAAAAGGAAAUUAACUUUUGAUCACCUUGGAGGUUAGAGGGAAGUAUGUAAGCCUGUGACUCGCUUUGACUUGCUGCUGUAAUGAUAAACCGUAGUUUGUUGCAGCUAAAUACUUUUAUAUGCAGUGCUUUUUUCUAAAAAAUAAUGUUUAGGAGUACUUUCAUUUUCCUACUCAUAUUGAAAUACUGCCCCUCAAUGAGGCCAAACUUAGAUUCACAAAAUGUUUAGGGGUAUGCGUCGCCCUGCGUCCCCCCCAGAGAAAAGCACUGUUUAUAUGGAUUGCUUUAAUUAUUCCCUCCCCAUUAACAGUGGAGCUAUUAAGCAGUGAUUUUAAUAAUCAGCUAAGAACUGAAUAUGUUAUGUCUGUAUUUAAACUGUCAGCUAUCUUUAUAUAGAGGUACUCAAGGCAAUAUAAAAAACAACAACAGCAAAGUAAGCACAUAGGUGUAUAUAAAAAGUGUUUUGUGCACUGAAAAGUUCUACACGGAUGGUAAAUAGAGAAUACUGUACUUUCUCCUGCAGGUUUGGCGAAAUGAUCACUGUCGCUAAGGUAAUGUAUUUUUGUUGAAAAAAGCUUUCUUGAAUGCUAUUCUUGAAAUUCUCAUCUAUCUAAUUAAUUUGCAUUUCCAUUUUCAUAGCUUUACCCCAUCUAUGCCAGGAAGUCCCCAUUUUUGGUGA